AUGUCACUUGAAAACUCUUCUCGGCUCCCCUACAACUCAAGUGAAAAUCUGGCAGUGGAACACGAUGCCCCAUACAAGAACAUGAUCUUGGCAAGCAUUUUUGGGAUCAUUUGUUUUCUGGGCAUCAUUGGGAACUGCAUUGUCAUUUACACCAUAGUGAAAAAGACAAAGUUUUGUGCACAGCAAACCGUGCCUGACAUAUUCAUCUUCAAUCUGUCCAUCGUGGACCUGCUGUUCUUGCUUGGCAUGCCCUUCCUCAUCCACCAGCUGCUGGGCAAUGGCUCCUGGUGCUUCGGUGCAGCCAUGUGCACGGUCAUCACGGCGCUGGACUCCAACAGCCAGAUUGUCAGCACUUACAUCCUCACGGUCAUGACCCUGGACCGUUACCUGGCGACUGUGCACCCCAUCCGUUUUAACCACGUGCGCACCCCCUGUGUUGCCACCGGCAUCAUCUGUCUGGUGUGGCUGCUGUCCCUGCUCACCAUCAUCCCUGUCUGGAUGUACGCUGGCCUCAUGCCCCUCAAAGGGGACUUGGUGGGCUGUGCCCUCCUGCUGCCCAACCCGGCCAUAGACACCUACUGGUUCACCCUCUACCAGUUUGUGUUGGCCUUUGCCUUCCCCCUGGCCGUCAUCUGCUUCGUCUUCUUCAAGAUCCUCCAUCACAUGGCCAUCUCCGUGGCCCCGGUUCCCCCGAGGCGUCUGCGGGUGCGCAACAAGAAGGUGACGCGCAUGGCGGUGGCCAUCUGUCUGGCUUUCUUCACCUGCUGGGCGCCAUACUACUUUCUCCAGCUGGCCCACCUGGGCGUGCAGAACCCCAGCCAUGCUUUUGUCUAUGCCUACAACAUCGCCAUCAGCAUGGGCUACGCCAACAGCUGCAUCAACCCCUUCCUGUACAUCAUCCUCAGCGAGACCUUCAAGAGGCAGUUCCUCAUGGCCAUCCGGCCGGCCCACAGGGACUUCCAGGUCAACCCCAGCACCCCAGAGGGCAGCCUGAGUUUGCGUCUCGCACCCGAGUGCCCUCAGCAGGCCCAUCCCAACAGGGAGGUCCUCCACAACAUGCUGCCAGGCACCAUAGAUGCUCACUGA